UCUCUUCGGCGAACAACGGGACGCGGCUCCGAGCAGUUGCAUCGUAAACCGCGAGCCGUGCGCGCCUCACCACCUCGUGUGUCCCAGGCGCGCGGCCGCCUCUCUCCCUCUUUUCGAGUUCACGGCGGCCCUAUACGUCCGGGCCGAUGCUGUACCAGCGCCGCCGGAACGAGGAUCGGCUCCGAGCCUCGUGGCCAGAGCGCCGCCGCGGCUGUUAGAGGCCGAGGAUGCGUUCGGGAUGAGAGCCAAGGCCUUGCCGACGGGACCAGGACAACAGGCCCCCCGAUGCCCCGGCCGACGCCACUGGUGCGCCCGAGAGCAACCGACCGCUGGAGCCGCGUACGGGGAGCGGCCCUCGUCGUCCUCCUGCUCUUCCUCAGCGAGACAUUCACCCAGGCCAAUAAUACAUCAAAUGGAGAAAGAGUAAUUCCAGAAUUUAUAAGUAACAACAAUGCUGAAAAAAGUUCAAAUAUUUUGUCAAAUGAAAUAGAAUUGGAUAGUAAAGAUGAUGACGUUUUAUAUGUCAGUUAUAGUGGAUAUCUUCGUAGUAAUUCAUCGUUACUUGCACUACGAACAAAAUACCAUAAUUUCACCAACAGUGUGAUUUUAUCGAACAAGAAUGAAACUGCGUUGGAUAUACCAAUCGCAAGUGGACAUAGAAGAUUCAAACGAGCUGUAACUCAUUUGUAUAAUAUGAUAGUUUGUGCAACCGGAUGUAAUCCCCUGGCUUACAAAGGCUAUGGAUGUUACUGUGGCUUUCUAGGGUCCGGUUAUCCAAUGGAUGGUAUUGACCGAUGCUGUAAAAUGCACGACUGGUGCUACGACGCUACGGAAUGCCCGAUGUUUGUGGAGUAUUUCGUUCCUUAUUAUUGGAAAUGCUAUCACGGAUAUAAGCCCAUAUGUGCUAUUGAGCAUGGAGAAUGGGGAAGCUCGGGAUCCUGCGCUCAAAGACUUUGUGAAUGCGACAGAUCAUUUGCAGAAUGUCUGCGAAAGUACCGUUGUCCAAGGCAUAAAGCAGUCUGUACAUCUUCGCCGUGGCGUUUAAUACAAAAUCUUUUUAUGAUUAUUUAAGAAGAUUCGGUUUAUCAGUACGUUGCCAUCUAAAUUGCUAAUCAAAAUAUCUUUUUAUUAUUUCGACAGAAUCCAAUGUCUUACAAGAGUUACCAUUAAUUUAAUUAA